AUGAGAUUGUUCCUCUCGCGUGCUUCCCGGCCCCUAGCCCUGUCGGGGACAGUUUCACCUGCAAAAAGACCAUACAUUGCAUCGCGUGGUUAUUCUAGUACACCUCCCGAGGAACAUAGGCCUCUGCCACUUGCCGGUGUCACUGUUGUCAGUCUAGAGCAAGCCAUUGCCGCGCCCUUUUGUACACGACAGCUUGCCGACCUGGGAGCUCGAGUUAUCAAGGUUGAACGACCGGUUGUCGGAGAUUUUGCGCGCAACUACGAUACACGAGUUCGUGGACUCGCGUCGCAUUUUGUUUGGACAAAUCGAUCUAAGGAGAGUCUGGCGCUGGACCUCAAACGCGAAAAGGACCAUGCCGUCCUAAUGAAGCUACUUGAAAAGGCCGACGUGCUCGUUCAGAACUUGGCCCCCGGUGCCAGUGCACGAUUGGGCCUCUCUCACGAAGCAUUGAAAGAGAAGCAUCCCGGUCUGAUCGUCUGUGAUAUCUCUGGUGAGGCAGGAAUGCUUUCUGUCACAGGCACCGAAAAAGAGCCAGCAAAAGUUGGUAUCUCCAUCGCCGAUAUUUCUGCCGGAAUGUACGCCUACAGCAACAUUCUCUCAGCUCUGUUGCAGCGUGGGAAGGACGGCAAAGGUUGUCAGAUCGACAUUUCCAUGCUGGAAAGUAUGGUCGAAUGGAUGGGCUUCCCGAUGUACUACGCAUAUGAUAACGCCCCUGGUCCGGUACCAGCAGGUGCUUCCCAUGCGGCCAUCUACCCAUAUGGGCCUUUUGAAACAGGGGAUGGACAAUCCGUCAUGCUGGGCAUUCAAAAUGAACGAGAAUGGGUCAAUUUCUGCAACGAUGUCCUCUCUCGGUCGGAGCUGGCCACCGAUCCUCGGUUCUCAAACAACUCACAGCGAAGUCAAAAUCGGGAUGAGCUCAAGGCUAUCGUCCAUGAGGUCUUCUCGGAUUUCACGGCAGAAGAAACGGUCGCUCGGUUGGACAAGGCUUCGAUUGCCAACGCGAGUGUCAAUGACAUGAAGAAUCUCUGGGGACAUGCACAGCUUCAAGCGAGGGACCGGUGGACAAACAUUCAGACACCGAUUGGCGCUGUUCCGGCUCUUUUGCCUCCUGGAUCAAGCAAAUCAGUCGAGAAGGGUGGGUAUGGCGCUCAAAUGGGCUCAGUCCCGGCGGUGGGAGAGCACAAUGAGGCCAUUCUUGCGGAGCUCGGCCUAUCCGAUUGA